AUUUUUUAUUGAUUGCAUUGUUGACUAGCGUAUAUGUGAACCUCAACUCAAUGUCAAGAUUGUUCAAAGUAGUUAAACUGAGGACCGAGGACGUCUCAGUACUGCUGUAGUGCCUACUUGGUAAGACGCAAGAUGGCAGGAAUUGAUGGAUCCGCCUGAAUGCGAGGACCGUAUUCUCUGCUCGUCACGCAUUAGCGACCAACAAAAUCAGGUCAUGAUCUUCCCCAAGCCGUUUGCAUGAAACCUCCCGCGGGCCAAUUCCCAUUCCCGCUCAAAAACCCUUUAUCCAAGUGGACCGCAUCCGCUUCUCCCCGGUACCUAGCGCCAGAACCCUUGAAUCUCAACUGGUGAUACCGUAGCACGCACCAUGCGAUGCAAGCUGGGGCCAAGCAAAGAGGGGUGAAAGAGCAUCCUUUUUUCGCCGACGUUCCCCUUCUUCCACUCUGUUCUUGUCAAUAAACUUCAUCAUGAGCGCUAUACCAGAAGUCGCACAAGGCGAGAUUGCCCCAUCACAGGAGAUGCUUGCCCCGACGCACUGGGAGAACACUGAAGCUACCGAUAACUCAGACGCCGACUCCGCGGUAGGCGACGACGCUGCUAGUUCCACCGCCAGCAUCAACUCCAGCAUUCUCCAGUACCGAACCAUCAACGGCCGUACAUACCACGCCGAGCGAGGCGAUGCUCAGUACUGGGCGUCCAACGAUAACCAGGCCUCUGAGGCUCUGGAUAUUAUCCACCAUACUUCCACGUUGAUCAUGGACGGCAAGCUCUUCCUCGCUCCCAUCAAAGAGCCCAGCAAAGUCCUCGAUAUCGGAACUGGCACUGGUAUUUGGGCCAUGGACUUUGGCGAUGAGUUCCCUGAGACGGAAGUCAUCGGUACAGACAUCUCGCCAAUCCAGCCAACCUGGGUCCCCCCCAACGUCAAGUUCGAGAUCGAAGACUUCACCCUCGACUGGACGUUCCCUCCCAACUCUGCCGACUUCGUCCACCUCCGUUUCCUUUACGGCAGUGUGCCCGACUGGUACGCCUUGUACGAGCGCGCAUACCAAGUAACCAAGCCCGGCGGCUGGAUCGAGUCCCACGAAGGCGACCCCAUGGGCUGCAGCGACGACGACAGUCUUAAACCUGGCAGCGCCAUUGCAGAAUGGGGCAAGUUCUUCCAUGAAGGCGGUAAGAAGCUCGGUCGUGUGUUCACUCCUCUUCCAGAUAAUCUGCAGGAGAAGGGUCUAAAGGCCGCUGGUUUCGUGGACAUCCAAUCCAAGACGAUCAAAGUUCCUGUUGGGGAUUGGCCGCAGGACGAGCGGCUGAAGGAAAUUGGAAGGUUCACGACAAUGAGCAUUCUAUCCGAUGUGGAGGGACACAUUUCUUUCAUGGCUACGCUGCUCGAGGGCUGGACUCAGGAACAGGUUCAUCUGUACUGUGCGCAGCUGAGGAGGGAGUUGAAGUCCAAGAAGCCUGCGCAUGCUUACUACCUGCAACGUAUCGUUUGGGGGCGCAAGCCAGCCGAGGGGGAGACCACAGCGACAGAGUAG